CCGGCGCAAUGAAAUUUUAAUUAAUGUGGGUGGGCUGAGAACACCGCUGACUGUUUAUGAUGGACAAUUUAUUUCCCAGUGCAAAGUCAACACAACGCGGCAAACGUACAACAAUUAUUAACAUUUUUCUGGGGCCCUCAUGAGGCUGGAGACUCAGUCGGUGGAGGGACGGAGCUCUGGGAGCAGGCUCUGCGUUUCCCGGGACACGAGGCAACUUUCCUGGCGUCAUGGCUCUGUACCACGGCCGCCUGCCGCCCAUCGCGGUGCCGCCCUCCGCCCUGGGCCUGUCCGCACCGCUCAUCUACCUGUACGGCGGGGACGUCCUGCCCGCCGCCCUGAGCUUCGUCCCCGCGCGGCAGGAGCCCCCGCAGAAGCCGCCCUACAGCUACAUCGCGCUCAUCGCCAUGGCCAUCAAGAGCGCGCCCGAGCAGCGCGCGACCCUCAGCGGCAUCUACCAGUUCAUCAUGGACCGGUUCCCGUUCUAUCAUGACAACAAACAGGGCUGGCAGAACUCCAUCCGCCACAACCUCUCCCUGAACGACUGCUUCAUCAAAGUGCCGAGAGAGAAGGGGCGGCCCGGCAAAGGCAGCUACUGGACCCUGGACACCAAGUGUCUGGAUAUGUUCGAGAACGGCAACUAUCGCCGGAGGAAGAGGAAAGCGAAGACCCAGCAGGAGGCCCUCGACGCUAAAGCCGCUGGACACAAGCGCUGCAAGGGUCCGGGUCCCUGCAGACAGACUCACGGCUCCCUGAGACGUCACACCGGCUCGGAGAUAACGGAGGCGCCGGAGCGACUGAGCGCGGAGGAGACGGAGACGCAGCUGGACACCAAAUCGGUUCUGGUCGAAUUCAAUCACACAGAUCAGCCGCAGAACCCCCCAAUGCUUCGGCUCAGAGUGUCGCCUCGCCAGGACGCGCUGACGCCCACGGCGGGAAAGGACGACGCGCAGCCCGUGGCGGCUCCCGUCUGCGUGGACGAGCAUCUCCCGGGCGCAGCCGUGCGACGGGAGCCGGAGGAGAGGAGGUCGGCGUUCAGCGGCAGAGACGCGCGGUGCGCGGGGAGCACGCAUGCGCAGGACAGGCCCAAAGAAAACGUCCCCGGCAAAGACAAAACCAAAUGUUUCAGCAUCGAGAGCAUCUUAUCGAAAGGCGACGACGAAAUGCGCUCCGGCUUCCUGGGUUUGUCGGCGGGCACGUGCGCGGAGCUCCAGGGUCCAGCUGUGAGUCCAGCUGUGGUGCUGGCCGCUCGCUCGCACCACUUGUACCAGAUGAGUUUCCCCCUGUGCUCCUACCUGAGCCUCCCCAGCCCCGACAAGGCGCUGCAUCUGAAGUGAGCAGGACUUUAAAGCGUCUCAUCAGGACAUCUGUCAACGAAGCCGCUGACGCCAGUUCACAAACAGCUGCUGUGAAUUUAAAACCAAACUAUUGAAAUCUGUUACGUCGUCUUUAAUCAUAACGAUGGCGUCUUUGAAUGAAGUUUGACCUGUACAGUAAAAGGACAGAGAACGGUCAUGUGGCAACAACAGUUUCAUUUGGUCAUUUCUACUUUUAAUUGUGAGUCACAGACGUAGUUGAGUUGUGUUUUGUGUGGACAAACACAGCUCUGUCUGCUUCCACCGCCUUCAAAUGGACUGAACCCGUGAUCCAGGUAAAGAGCAGCAGCUCACUGACUCCAUUCACCUUGAGCUGAUUCCUAGACUGACUGAGUUACUGUUAAAGGAAUGAAUAUCUACUGUUUUGUAUUAAAUUGAAAUGUCUAUUUUUUCUCAGUAUGUUUUUAUUUGAAGUGAUCGGUUUCUAUUUUUUCUAAUAUUGACUUUGAUAGUUUCAUGCGUGAGCAUCAGAUGAAAUGACGCCUGAAGCUGUGUGUCACGCACUGCACAGUGUGAACACAGAACGCCUGCGUGACCCAGGAAUGUUUGUUAUGUUAUGAUUGUGUAAAUAAGAAACGAUGAAAACCACUAAAAGAAAAGAAAGUUUAAGAAAAGAAGCCACUUUUAGCUCCGCGAGCAACAUCAUGGUUGGUUUUAGUCAUCUGAGGAAGCACGUCACGCUCUGGAUGAGAAUGAUGUUUACUCCCACGUUCAUGCACAAACUGUACCUGCUGCCCUCAGUCUAUAAAUAAACCCAAACUCAACUCAAAUAAAAACAGACUUAAAUGUGCACAACAAUAAACCUGGGUUUGACUUGAAACAGCUUAGACUCGUGUGUGCGUGGACCUGGACACUGAGCUGUUACUGCAGAGUGACGCCAGCAAACCAGGAGGUUAUGAUGCAUGAGACAGAUUAAAGUCGCAGGUGAGAGAAAUAAUGACUAAAGAACUAAAUCAGAGCAGGACAAACAAAGAAAUACUGGACUAACUAACUCACUAUGAGACCCAAGGUGAUCCAGUCUGAGUCCAUUCUUCCUUUAAUGCAGCUUGAACGGCAUCAGUCACAGGAAAACAUCACUUCCUGUUUGGCUCCAGACGCCGCUGAGCAGACGCGUGUUCACAGGUAGGUGCUGAGGUAAAGGGUCACGACUGAGGCUGAGGCUGCUAGCAUUAGCUGCUAAUCAGCGGAGAUUUCACCUAAAACCUCCUCCAGACCCAAACAC